AUGGCCGAGCCAGGCGAUGACGACAAGCUGCUGAGGAAGAUCGCCCAGUCAUUCAAGGAGCUCACGGCGGUCCUGAACUCCGAGACGGCGGACAUCGAGCGUGCCCCAUUCUCCCAAGCCUGCUCUCUCGUGCUCCCUCUCAUUGGCUCCCUCGGCAUUGCUUUCAAGUUCGCCGAGAUGGACUUGGCCCCCAAGUAUAGUAGUAGUGAGUGUACUGUGGAAGCUUGCAGAGGAAGGAAAUUGAGUAUUAUUCUAUUGACUUCUACUAAGGAAAAGGUUGGAAUUGAAACCAACUCCGGUAAAGACCCAGUCCAAUCAGGGCGGGGAGUGGUCGUCGGGGCCAAAGAGAACCUGGACAAAAAGCGGCUCUUGGCAAGCUUUGGGAUUGGCGAAGAGGGCAGGGAUGAUCGAACUGUUCAUCAAACAGAAAGAGAGCGUAUUUGA